GAUUCUUGCAACAAUUACCAGUCCAUAACCGACAUUGUUGAACAAAUCCACUCGCUGAUCCUCUCCGGCUCAUAGCGUUUAACUCGCUCGGCCCACUUGAUCAAAAGUUUUGUCAAAAUUUUGAGGGCUCCUGAUUUUUAGCACUUCAGCCACUUCAGACGUGCCGAUGAUUAUGGCGGAGAAAAAUCCUUUUGCUGGACCAAUCCGGAGAACCGAAAUUCCAAUUUAUCGUGACGAAGUCGACAGGUUCCGUCAAGAGACAUUGAAGGUCCAAGAAGAAAAGGAUGAGCCUACGUUGAUCAGGCAGUUAUUAAGCGAAUCCCUUUCCACCUGCAGAGGUGAAGUCGUUAACCUUUACGAAAAACUUAGCCCUGACUUGACGCAGUUCAAGGACAAGAUUGACACUGGAGUCGCCCAUGCUAGUGGUACCCUUGAAUACCUGAGGCAGGAGGAAAAUGACAUCCCCAGAGUAGGCGCUGUGGCAAUGGCCGGAAUGGCUGGACUCAUUUUCGGACUGCGAGGAGGCUUUUUCAGAAAGAUUUUCUACAUGUCCACCGCCUCUACAGGAAUGGCAGCCUUAUGCUAUCCCAACCAAGCCAUUGAGAUUUCCAAGGACUUGGUGGUGAAUUCUAAAAAGUAUGCUCUUAUUGGAUACAAUUUUGUGAAAGGAGCAGAUUCUGUUGAAAAGACGGGUCCGUCUCCAGUAAAAAUUGUUGUAAAACCACCAGAGGCCCCUAAGCUAACAAUGAAAGCUUCUGUGAUCAAGGGAGAUCCAGGAAUGUCAAACCCUGAAGACAAAGACCUUUACACCACUCGAUCAUAGGUUCAGGUGGGAUGAUAUCACUCGUAAACGUUGUUGGAGCUAAAGGGAACUUCAUUACAGAAGAUUCUUUUGUUGUAGCUGUAAAUAGUAAUUCUUAUAAGUCGGUUCUAUUACAGGAUGAUUAAAACUAAUUUACUGAAAUCAAUUUAUUAAAAAUAGCAAAAAUCCUUCAUCA